AUUCUCACACUCACCCUGUAUUUGCAGUCCAGUCCCAGUCCAUGCAGGGAGCCACUUUGAGCUGCGUGUGCGCUUUGAUUAUAGCCUCAGACUUUUCAGACCAUGAGUUAAACGCCAUCAAUGAAGGAGCACGACACGACACGUCACUGGGGAACUUUCACAGCGUGUCCACACCUUUUUCAAAGGUCAUUGACCUCUGAGAAAGCACUGAUCCAGUUUGACUUCCACUCGCCAAUGACACUGAACUUUCAGUUUUGGGAUAAGCACUUUUAUCCUGUGAGGAGAUGGCCAAGGCGUAUAGACUCUAUCUGGGAAUAAUAACAGCUCUGGCCAUAUGCAAAUACUGCAUCGCAGAGGGGAACGCCACCGGGGAGUCCACCAAUCGAACUAUAGACAACUGUCAUCACCAUGGCAACAGAGACAAUUGCACAGACCCAAGAGAUAGAGAGCCAUGGAGCGGCCACUUCUCAACAUGUCCUGAAGAACUGGUGCACUACUGUAUCCACGGGGAGUGUCGUUACAUUCAAAAACAGAAGGCACCGUCUUGCAGGUGUCACCAGGGUUACAUUGGCUCCAGGUGUGGAUAUUUGGACCUGGACUGGCGGAAAGGAGAGAAACAACAAAUCAUAAUUGCAUGCGUCAUUGGCGGGCUCGUGCUGCUCAUUCUUCUCAUAGUGUUCAUCUGCAUCUGUUCACAUCGUAGCAGCAGAUUGUGCCGAUGGAGGGGCAGACGGAGGGAAGAACCGAGGAACGGGUCAGAGAAGCUCAGCAUGAUGGAUACUAGAGCGACACACACGAUCCCAACAGCAGACUCAACAGAGCCACCUGAAACGAACACUGUAUGAGGAGUUUGCAUGAGUCUGUGUGUCUUGGAACUGUUUAGAUAUGAGAGGAUUUGUCCUUCAUGUGGCAGCUGCUGCCUUUUGUCUCACACUAACGGCAGCUUGGUGUCUCUGAGCUGGACAGGACGGAGGCCCGCUCAGACGGAGGGACAUUUGUGGAUAUAAUAUGUCUCUGGCUGUGUUCAAUCAAGCUGGAGCACAUGGAGUUUGCCCCCCUUCUCUUAAAUUGCGCCCUGUCUUGGUAACUUGAGGACAAGAUGACUCCCUGGAUUUAUGAUAAACAACGAGUUGGGGAUGAGUGUCGGGAUGGUCGUGCGCUGGCAGGGACACUUUUUUCCAAUACAGGCACUUGUAGCCUGCCAACGCCGCCUGCACGGCUCUUAAUCAAGUGUUGCUAUACUGGAAAGAAGUUGUGACAGGAGCUGACAGCAAGUCACAAUUGAUGAGGUUAUUGGUCUGUGUGGGAGACACCGAGACUGAGAGGAAAGUGACUUGAGUCCAUGUUCUCUUUGGGGAAAUAUGUCAAGUUUAUAAAUCAUUGAAUGUAGAGAGAUACAAGUGCCAGCAGCUACAGCAUGUACUGUAGGUUUGUGUGACAUUAUUUCUACUUUGUUUACUGCUGCUUUUUUAGCUUAGGUGUCAUUUCACAAAUGCAAAGAAAAAAUCGCAUUGAUCACUUAUUCCUCUGUGCAAAGCAAUGUCUCCUUGGCAACUCACGCAGAAUAUUGUUACUGGUCAAUACAAGCAAUGCAAGAGGAGCCUCACGUAUUAGUAAAGGCUGCAGGUCUGGACGGCCGAGGAGGACGAGGACAAGGAGAACUUGUGCUGGAGUCUUUUUUGAUCUGUGUAUUUGGAGCCGGCCAGCCUCCGAGCUGCAGAGGCAGAACAGCUCAGCCUGUGUGCGGCGGCUCGGCCAAAGUGAAAGUGCUCCACUGUACGAGACACUUUCCAAACUGCCAGUGACGUGUGUCUGUGUGUGCAUUAAUUCUGCAUCUAAAUGUAGAAUGAGGACGUUUAAGAGAGAGUCGGUGAAGUCUGCUCCUGCUCUUUCCGUUAAUAAAUAUGUCUAUUGUG